AUGCGCCGGGGCCGCCCUGCCGCGGCUCCUCCCGGACACCCCGACCCCGAGCGGCUCCUCCCGGACACCCCGACCCCGAGCGGCUCCUCCCGGACACCCCGACCCCGAGUGGCGCCCCCCGCCCCGCAGCGCCGCCCGCAGCCUCCCCUCCGCCUCCCGCCGCGGGUCAGCUCCGCUCCGGCCCCGGCCCCGGCCCCUCCCGAGCCGAGCCGAGCCUUGCCCCGGCCGGCCCCGCAGGGACAGCCCCGCCCGGCCGGCCCCGCUCACCGAGCGCCGCCGGGAUCCGCCCGGGCCCCUCCGGCCGGCGGUGCCGGCGCUGCCGCCGCAGCCCCGCAGCGCAAUAUGGCGAGCGGCGGCUCCGCAAUGGAGCUCGGGAAGGAGAGGGGAGUUACAUAUUCAUGGCCGGGGCUGGGCAGGGGGAGCGCGGACGGGGCCGUCAAACGCGGGCCGCCCCGCGCCCUCCUCCGCCUCCCUCCCCGCCCGGCCCGGCGCCGCUCGGUGCCUUCCCCGCUCUGCCCGCAUCCCCGGCCCCACCGCCUCACAGCGCUCCCGCUCCGCUCCCCCGCUCCCCUGCCUCUCACGGGGAUGCGGCUCCGCUCCGCGCCCCCGACGGCCCUCAGCGGGGCGUCCGUUGUGUCCCCCCCCACCCCCGCCGUGAGUGACGCCCCGGGAGCCCGCAGGGGCGGGCGGAGCCUGGGGUGGCCCGAGCCCGCAGCUCCCGGUGCCGCCGGCUUCUCGGGAAUGCCAGCGGGACACAGAUCCCUGCGGCGGGCCCCCGCUGCCGGGCCACUGCUCCCUGCGCCGGGCCACCGAGCCCCCCCGUAG